AUGGGGAACUGGACUUUGCGCACAGUGAUGGUUCUUUACCUGGCUUGGAAUAUGCAGCCUUCAUCAGCUUGGACGGUGAAUAAUUUCCUCAUGACCGGACCAAAGGCUUUUCUCACGUACGCCGGCAGUGUGCAAGUGGGUGCGCAAAGUGGAAUACAGGAGUGCAAACAUCAGUUUGCGUGGGACAGAUGGAACUGUCCGGAGAGUACACUUCAACUGUCCACGCACAACGGCCUGCGAAGUGCCACUAGGGAGACAUCUUUUGUCCACGCCAUCAGUGCUGCAGGAGUGAUGUACACUCUGACCAAGAACUGCAGCAUGGGAGACUUCGACAACUGUGGAUGUGACGACUCCAGGAUAGGACAGACAGGUGGCAGAGGGUGGAUUUGGGGAGGCUGCAGUGACAACGUGGCGUUUGGAGAAAAGAUCUCCAAACAGUUUGUGGACGCACUGGAGAAUGGUCACGACUCCCGUGCAGCUGUCAACCUGCACAACAACGAGGCCGGCAGACUGGGAGUCAAGGCAACCAUGAGGAGAGCAUGCAAGUGUCACGGCGUGUCCGGGAGCUGCAGCAUCCAAACAUGCUGGAUGCAGCUGGCCGACUUCCGGGAGGUGGGAAACUACCUGAAAAUGAAGCACGCUCAAGCCAAGAAGCUGGAGGCGGACAAGAAGCCGGUGAGGGCCGGCAACAGCGCGGAUAACCGAGGGGGCAUCGCGCACGCCUUCCGCAACAUCCCGCGCACGGAGCUCAUUUUCCUGGAGGACUCCCCGGACUACUGCGUCAGGAACCAGAGCUCGGGCUUCCCGGGCACGGAGGGCCGCGAGUGCCUGAGGGGAGACAAGAGCGCGCCUCAGUGGGAGAGGAAGAGCUGCCGCCGGCUGUGCUACGGAUGCGGCCGGCGGGUGGCGGAGAGGCGCACGGAGGUGGUCAGCAGCUGCAACUGCGAGUUCCACUGGUGCUGCACGGUCCGAUGUGACAAAUGCACGCAGAUUGUGACGAAACAUUACUGCGCGGUGAGAACACACGGGAACAAAACUAAACGGAAGCCUCGUCGGCACUGA